GCCAGAGUCCCAGUCUCCACGAGGCCCAAGAUCUUAUCAAGAUGUUUUAUUCACUUUUGUAAAAAUAGAAUUGCAAGUUACAGUUGACAGAAUUCAUAAAGCUGGGUAACAAUGGUGUAAUGGAAGAAAAGCCUUAUCACUGUGGAAGGCAGUGAAGAAUAAUGAUGUAGAUCUAAUAAAAUAUUAUUGCAGUUUCAGUUUUCGAUAUCGUCCGUGUCCGACAAAUCAGCGCUCUUCUCGGUAGAAGUUAAAUAGCCUAUCGUGUUGUCUAUGAUGACGUGCAGAAGGCAGACGACAGCCAAAAUCUAAAUCGAAAGUGAAAGAGUGCAUCAUCAAAGAAAACAACGGGCGUCGUUACCCUCUUGUGACCACAGCCAGUAUUGUUUGAAAUGUUAAAAGCUGUAAAAUAUAUGCUUUAUUUUUAGUUUGUCGCCUACGUUUCUGUCUGGAUAAAGAUGGAAGAACCUCAUCCAAAAAACGAGGAUCCUGCGUUUAUAAGUGCUGGUGUUGAUUUAGUGGUGUCUACCAUCCAGACGUAUGGCUGGUUUGUGGUGGCCUUGGUUUUGCUGGGUGUUUAUCUGGCGUCCAAACUGAGACCACAGCUGAACGCCUGGAGGGAGCAGCGAGAGAGCGGCGCCUGCAAGAAAACUGCAACUGGACGCACAGGCCAAAGUCUUCAUGGAGCAGCAGGCAGAGAAGGAGGAGAGGCAGCGUCAGGAGCGGCUGGAGGACUGGGAGAGGCACCAGCAGGGCCGGGGAUACCGCUCCAAGGUCAAG